AUGAUGUCUGGUGUUGUUGAGUCAGUCAGUAAACUGUGUCCAAUUUGUCAAGAUGAUAUUGACUACUUCGCAUACGGAUCAUGUAAUCAUCCUACAUGUACAAGAUGUGUUCUGAAGUUACGGAAAUUCGGAAGUGCCGAUGAGCCUGAAUUUUCACAAUGUCCUACUUGUAGGCAAAACAUUAAUAGAGUUGCGAUAAUGAGAAGUUUCGUGCCUUUCGACAGUAUUGAUGUGUCCUUACUUCGACAUGACUCGAAAUUUGAUUUUAUGUUCCCCGAUAGGGAGAUUGAGCAGCACUACUUGAACAUGCUGAAAUCAAUUUGCCCUAUUUGUGGUGAAGAAAAGAAGUCCCUCUCUGCCUUAAAUAGACACACUACUUUAGAGCAUCAACUUUCUUAUUGUGAUCUGUGCAUCCGAUAUGCCAGGCUUCUGCCGUGUGAAUUCGUGCUUAUGAAACCAGCUGACCUUACAAAACACAGAUCAUGGGAUAAAGAUAAGAAGAGAGGCCAUCCGCUGUGUGAUUUCUGUCAAGAACGAUUUUAUGAAAUGGAAGACUUGAUUGUCCAUAUCCGAGAUCUACACUUCUUGUGUGACCUUUGUAUGACUUCUGGAAAGUUUGUUGUUUUCAGACAACAGAAUGAAUUAUUAGAUCACUAUGGUGAAUCACAUCAUCUUUGUUCCGAGUGCCGUGCGCAACAACGUAUCUCAUGUUUCGCAACCGAGGAUCGUUUAGGCUUACAUCGUUUUCAAGAACAUCCAAAUGAAGUAGCCAACGAUCCAAAUUCUUGGCUUCCAAUUUCCAUACGACACGUAACAUCUUCCGAUUCGGCUUUCAGACGACGUGACCAGAUAUUUCCUGAUGUACAUACUGUGGGUGGCGUUCUUGAUGAAUCUGAUGGUAGACUUAUUUCCCAAGACCAUUCUAAUGUAACAUAUCGACGACCUAAUCCUUCUGAAUGGACUGGUGAAGAUUUUCCUUCACUUCAAUCGACCAAACCAACAAUCACAAGUUCUCAAUUAGCAACAGAUGAGUCUAGAAGCUCUCAAGCACCUAUACAAAGACUUAAAGAGUCAACUAAUGCUUUAACAGAACGCGAAAGAAACGAUACAAAUAAUACUGUACAAAAUAAACGACCAGCAACAGGUGGAAGUUGGGUUUCUCGUGUUGCUAAUGUCAAUUUUACCAAUAAAGAUCGUCUUACAUCGGAAGAUUUUCCCAGCUUAACACAAUCUCCAAAUCCUUCCUCUGGCAAUCCUCCUACUUGGGUCAGAAGUAAUACUUCUCAAACCAUACAAAGUCCUCAAACUACUACUACUUCUAAUCAAUUUGAUUUUCCAACUAUUGGAUCAAAUAACCAUGCUUCUGCUAGUAGUAGUAGUAGUAGUCCUUCGCCAGGAUGGCCUAAAACAAAUCGUAAUGUAUCUUCAGAGGAACAAUUGAAAUCCACAUUUCCACAGUCAACUUCACUGCCGACGCCCACAUCAUCUGAUUUUCCAUCACUUCCAAUAAAUUCUAAUCCUAGUCGUUCCAAUCUCAGCAUCAGUUCAACUUCAAAAUCAAUUUUGCAAACUAAAUCCAAUGUGCUUAAAACAUCAGUAGCUAAUGUGAAAAAGGUGAAAGCGGAGUCAUUAACUACUACAACAGAAUUAAAAAAUACAAAGAAACCAAAACCUAGACACAGUGCCAGAACAACAAACAUUGAUUCGGAUGAACAUGGUGGUAUGACUUUAAGGGAUGAUGUAGAGAAGUAUACUGAUGAUCAAUUACCAUUAGAAAAGCCUCAAUUUACUCAUAUACGGACAGUAGAUGUUCCUAAUAUCAAUGAAAAAUCAUCUACUCAAACAAAUUUAAUCAAUCAUGGGACAUUAUCACUUACAAAUGAUUUUCCAUGUUUAUCUGAAAAUAAUAAUAAUAAUAAUAAUAAUAAUGAUACAGUAUUGAAAAAAUUACAUAAUCAACAAGUAAACAAGAAAACCAUUGAUAAUACUAUAAUUCAUCAAUCAGUAAAACAAAAACAACAACAUUCUACUCAUAAAACAACAACUACUACUACUAAUAGUGCUGUAAAUAGUAACAUUUUGAAACCUGAAGUUAACGCGUUAAUUGAACUGAUCAAGUCUAUUCAAUUUAAUGACAAUAUGGAUAUUGAAUGUUUAUUGUACGCUAAUUCUCAAUACAUAGCUCCACCGGAUAUGGAAACACGUAAUCGUGAAUUAAUUCGAACGGUGGAAAAUGAUUUAUUUGAUAAAAGUGGCAAGACAGCUUUUAUUCGAUUCGCUGAUCUAUCACGUCGUUAUCGUUAUAAACAAAUCAAUGCUACAGCUUAUUUAGAAGGUUUAAUUGGUCUUUUAAAUGUUAGCACUAUGAAACAGAGCAAAGAUGGUGAUGAUGUUGACAAAGAAGAAGAAGAAGAAGCUAAUAUUCCAUAUUGGAUAGGUCCGAUGAUUUCUUUAUUGCCUGAUAUAGGACUUCAACGUGCCUUACUUCGUGCACUUCAAGCACAAGGAUCACCACGUAUUCCAGUUGAUAUGCAAGAGGCCUUAUUAAGAAGUGGUCAUCAAUUUAAGCGCAACAAAAUCCCUAUACUAACUCUACCUUCAUGGGCAAAAAAAGUGCUAAAAACAAUGCAAGCAUGUCAGGAAUGCGGUCAAGUUUGUCUACGAAGUGAUCUACCUGUUCAUAUGCAAUUGGCUCAUUCUGUCGUAUGA